UCCAGUCCCGGGGAGUAAUUCUGCCGAGAUUCUCGUCGGGGCUGCUGAUCCACGGACUGCUGCUCUGCUGCGACUCUGAGGCACCGCGACUGUUUUUGAGCUUUAAACUAUCUAUCUGUGACAUUUAAGCCCCGAGGAAAGCCUUUUGUCUGUCUUCGAUCAGCAGGAAGAGACAGUUUGUGAACAAACUCCAUCAUGAACUGGGCAUUCCUCCAAGGCUUGCUCAGUGGGGUGAACAAGUACUCCACAGCCUUUGGUAGAGUGUGGCUGUCCAUUGUGUUCCUCUUUAGGAUCAUGGUGUUUGUGGUGGCGGCUGAGAAGGUGUGGGGAGAUGAGCAGAAAGACUUCGCAUGCAACACGGCUCAGCCAGGAUGCCACAACGUUUGCUACGACCACUUCUUCCCAGUGUCCCAUAUCAGGCUGUGGGCCCUGCAGCUCAUCUUUGUCACCUGCCCCUCGUUCCUGGUGGUGAUGCAUGUGGCCUACAGGGAAGAAAGGGAGAAAAAGCACAGGGAAAAGUAUGGCGAAAACUGUCGCCGACUUUACCUGAACACUGGGAAGAAACGGGGAGGUCUAUGGUGGACCUACGUCCUCACGCUGCUUUUCAAAAUAGGGGUGGACGUGACCUUCGUCUACCUUCUCUACCACAUCUACGAGGGGUACGACUUCCCCUCUCUAAUCAAGUGCAAACAGGACCCGUGUCCCAACACUGUGGACUGCUUCAUCUCUCGGCCCACCGAGAAGAAAAUCUUCACCCUCUUCAUGGUGGUCACCAGCCUGGUCUGCGUCCUGCUGUCCAUCUUCGAGGUCAUCUACCUGGUGGGAAAACGCCUCCACGAGUGUGUCACUGGGGAUCACCACUCAAAUCGCAUGACCAACACGCUGUCCAGCGGAUCCAGUCUGAUGGAAUCGAACAGUAUGAAACAUAUAGGGAAAAAAACACCCGAAACGCCCGCACCCUCAUACAGCGUAGCUGUAUCGUGAGACACGAGAGCAAAGACUUUCUGAAAGAGCGAAAAGACGGAGAGGAAGCAAAGUUGGCACUCCUUGCUGCCUUAAAAGACUAGUUGGUAUAAAGUACCUCAAAGACUGAAUUUUUGUACGCAGUUUGAAUUUCUGGGUCAGAAUAUGUGUGUCAUGCUGUUGGUAAAUAUAAUGUAUUUUAACUGAAAAUGCUUUACUGCUGUUUUAAAGAAAGAAAAACAAAAGUCCUAUAGGUUGCUUUGUCUGAUUUUGGCUUGGGACGAGAAGCAUGAGUCACUCCUCUGUUUGGCAAGUUUUACCAGCACAUGUGGUUCCUCUGUGUAAAAUUUUCCCCGUGCUUAAGCCCAACCUCAAAUGUUCAGCCUGCUGAGAUUCUUCCCCUUUCACUCAGAGCCUGGCAUUGGACACUUUUCAUGGAUGUUACUUGUUUUUGUUAGUGUUGCUGUGUUUUCCUGCUGUCUGUGUUUAUGCCUGGGGCAAGAAAGUGGUUUUCAUAAACACAGCUGAUCAGGAUGUGGAUAUUUUACAUUCGACCUCACUGCAUAUGUGUUAAUAUUUUGUAAUAAAUGUUAUUUUGUGCUUUAAAA